AUGUUACUCCGAAUGGGAGCUUUAAGCUUCACAACAAAAUCAACGUCGAUUUCUUUGAAGAAUUUAAAUGGAAAUUCUCCUUCGCACCCAAUGAGACUUCCAAUUUCUCUUUACAUCAUGUCAAGGCUUUUACUUAAGUGUCUACUUGGUUCAAGGCGCACCUUUAAAAAAUUAUUUUUGAACGCGUGGCUUGACAAAAUUUUCAACGUCAAUAAACUCUGCGAAUGUCUUGCGGUUGAAAUUUGA